UACAGGAACCGCAGUUGAUAAGUUUGUACAAAAACGUUAGCCGAUAAAGAGAUAUUGCAAUAUUGUAGAAUAAAUGAUUGAAAUUCUUUAAAAAUUGUUAAAGUAGUGCAAAUUAUUAUUUACUUAAUUGUUAAACAAAUUAUAGGGACAUAAUCGGAAAAGAGGAACAAUGUAAUUCUAUACGUUUUCACCUUGAUGAGCAGUUUUUAAUCAGGAUUAUACAAGCUCCCAGAUAGCAUGCAGAAAAUAAAGUAUGAUAUUUCCCAAGGAAUUCAGAAAAUGCACUAUAAUGACCGAAGAAUGUCCAAAUUGUGGACAACUUACAAAUGCGUCUUUUUCAAGACUCGUAAAGGAUAGCUGUGGCCAUACCAAAUGUCGAAUAUGCUUGGUAAUUGAGGAACAUGGUUGUAAAAUUUGCCAAGCUGAACAUCAUGGCACUCAAGAUUACUUGGAAAAACCAUGUUCCAUGAAUGGAGAUUCAAAUGAUACACACAAAUCAUCCAGUGAGGAAAUUGUAUUACCAUUAGAGCUAGUUAUCAACAAGGAUUCCAAGUCCAAGGAGAACCAUCCUGAAUCUACUUCUACUAAGCGCAAAUCAGCAUUAGAUCUUCAUUAUGAGAAUGUCACUUUUGACAAAGAUGGAGUCUACAAGUUUGCUACCAAUGAUACAAUUAUCAAUAAUGAUUCCAACAAGUUAUACAUUCCAAAGAUAGAGACUCGUAACACAGUAUUGGACACUUGUUCCCAUUUAAAAAGUAGAAAUGAUCACAAUUCUGCAAGUUUACAAAAUCCUCAUGCAGAAGGAAAUUUCGAGGAGACUGUGGAAAAGAAUAAGGAUAUCAAAUGUCGGGAUCGCAGUCAUAUAACAAUAAUACCAGGCACUCCAGAAAAAUAUAAAUGUAACGUAUGCGGUAAGAUCUUCCGUAACAAGAAGGGCAAGUGUUAUCAUGAUGCCUGUGUGACAGGCGUUAAACCGUAUCAAUGUACCUUCUGUGAUAAGAGCUUUGUUAAACGUUCUCACUUUGAGUAUCAUGAGAGGGUUCAUAAAGGUCACAAACCAUACAAAUGCAAUCUUUGCGAAAAGGCUUUUCCCCAGCAGAACAAACUCAACAGGCACAUGUUUUCCCACAGCAAGGAGAAGCAAUUUACAUGUCCUGAAUGUAAUAAGCGAUAUAGUAAACGAGACGAUUUGAAAAAUCACUUAAAUGUGCACAAUGCAACGGCGACAUAUAACUGCAAGUCGUGUGACAAAUCCUUUCACAUAUUAACUAAUCUGAAACGUCACAUGCGAACGCAUACAAGCGAACGACCGCAUAUGUGUGAUGAGUGUAACAAGAGUUUUAAAGAUAGAUUUUUGCUGAAACGACACAAACGUAUUCACGAGAAGGAAAGACCAUUCUCUUGCGCUCAUUGCAACAAAGUUUUCCUGUCCAAGAGUGAAUUGAGACGACACUUAACUGUACAUUCAGACGAGAAACCAUUUUCCUGUGAGUACUGUCACAUUCCUUUCCGACGCAAGGACAAUCUAAACCGGCACAUUAGGCAUCAUCAUACCGAAGAUUUUGGUUGUGAGACACGUGAAACGCCGGCCGUUGAAGCGGAUUCGCGAAGCUGUUCGACGAAGAGUAAUCAGCAACGGCCGAGACAAAAGCAGCCGAGGAAAAUACAGCCAAAGAGUCCCGGCAAAGUCACUGCAACGUUUCCGAGUUCCCAUAUUGAUCAAAUCAACUCUCGGCUGGAUUCCAUGGGCAAUAUCACGCCUGUAAUAAAGACCACUAGCGAAGUGAGCAACGCGGUGCCGGUAAUCAACGGGCCCAUCAACAAUUUUAGGCGGCUUGAGGACAGGACCGAUAAGAAAAUAUUCACUUACACGGAGCCGAUCCCGAUCGCCGAGGCCGUAGUGAUUAACUGUCGAAUCGAGGAGAAGUUGUACCCGCAGAGCGCCAGCAGUCACAAUUAUUUUGUACGCAGCUGCCUCAAAGAUAGGAAUUCCAGAGUGAAUUCUUAUCCCAAUAAUAAGCUCGCACCGCAAGAGAAUUCUACCACGGUCACGUCUUCGCCAAGCGAGCCGCCUCUUCUUUCGCGAACGAUAGGAGAGCGAAAAGAUUCUACAGCUGACGUCUACGAGGAGAAGAUUGUGAGAUAUAACGACGAGGAGAAAAGCAAUCAGAACGAGGCUGAAACGGUGAGAAAAGAUGAGAAAACUCGCGAAGUAGAAGAAAAUUGUAAUGCUUAUAGGGAGAAUGAUGUAGUUUCUCUUCGGGAAUCUAAUUGUGUUUCUACGAUCAAGAAACACACUACGCAGCAGUUGGCGGAAGAACAGUUGAAUGAGAAAUCAACGGUAAACGGCAAUGAUUCGGAGCAACGAUAUUGCCGAAGGAUUCUCAGGACUGCAAAAGAAAGCAAAGCGAUAUGCAUUGGAGACGCAGAAUUGCAAAAACUGCACUGAAGGCGUGUUGAUCCGCGCUUUGAGCGCAAAAGUUAAGUUGGAAUAAAAUUGGCAAAUAUAUGAAAUGUUUGUCACAUAGUGACAAUAUGCUUGUACUUCGUAACGAGGUUUGUUUUUAUCAAAUUUAUGAGUAAAAAUAUAAUGCUCAAGUCUUAAU